CUUUUUGCCUUAUAUGGCUUAGAGCGGGUUAUUCUUAAAGGGACCUCGGCUGCACGCCUUCUUUUCGGCUGCUGGCUCACAGGCUUGGCGUGUGGUCUCCUUGCUCUUCAUCAUGUCUGAUAAACUGCCCUACAAAGUCGCUGACAUCACCUUGGCCGAAUGGGGGCGGAAAGCAAUUGAGAUUGCCGAAAAUGAGAUGCCCGGACUGAUGAAGAUGAGGGAGAUGUAUUCUGCGACCAAGCCUUUGAAGGGAGCCAGGAUCGCUGGAUGCCUGCACAUGACUCUCCAGACGGCUGUCCUGAUAGAGACCCUGACGGCGCUGGGAGCGGAGGUGCAGUGGUCCAGCUGUAACAUCUUUUCUACCCAAGAUCAUGCUGCUGCAGCCAUUGCCAAAGCUGGUGUGCCAGUCUAUGCCUGGAAGGGAGAGACCGAUGAAGAAUACAUCUGGUGUAUAGAGCAGACCCUGUACUUCGCAGAUGGCAAGCCCCUGAACAUGAUCCUCGAUGACGGUGGAGACCUUACCAACCUCGUUCACACCAAACACCCGAAGUUAUUAAAAGACAUUAAAGGAAUUUCUGAAGAGACCACAACUGGGGUGCACAACCUGUACAAAAUGAAGAAUGAGGGGACACUGAAAGUUCCUGCUAUCAAUGUCAAUGACUCUGUAACCAAGAGUAAAUUUGAUAACCUGUACGGUUGCCGAGAGUCACUGAUCGAUGGCAUUAAGCGAGCCACUGAUGUUAUGAUCGCAGGGAAGGUUGCGGUUGUUGCUGGAUAUGGAGAUGUUGGGAAAGGCUGCGCUCAGGCACUGAGAGCCUUUGGUGCUAGAGUCAUCGUUACAGAGAUUGACCCCAUCAAUGCUCUGCAGGCAGCUAUGGAGGGCUAUGAGGUUACCACAAUGGAUGAAGCUUGCAAAGAAGGGAACAUAUUUGUCACCACAACAGGAUGCUCAGAUAUUGUGGAGGGAAAACACUUUGUGGAGAUGAAGGACGAUUCCAUUGUCUGCAACAUCGGCCACUUUGACGUUGAACUUGAUGUGAAGUGGUUGAAUGAAAACGCUGUUAAGAAAGUGAACAUCAAACCACAGGUGGACCGAUACCUCUUGAAAAAUGACCGACACAUAAUUCUUCUUGCCGAGGGCCGUCUGGUGAAUCUAGGAUGUGCCAUGGGUCACCCGAGCUUCGUCAUGAGUAACUCUUUUACUAAUCAGGUCUUGGCUCAGAUUGAACUUUGGACCAACACUGACAAAUAUCCUUUAGGAGUAUAUUUCCUGCCCAAGAAGCUUGAUGAGGCCGUGGCCGCUGCUCAUCUGGACAAGCUUGGAGUAAAACUGACCAAGCUCACAGAAAAGCAAGCAAAGUACCUUGGUCUGGAGAAGGAGGGACCCUUCAAGCCUGAUCAUUACAGAUACUGAGGGGCCACGACCGUGAUCCAAAGAACAGCCGACAUAGUCAAGUGUUUCCAGCGUCUGACCCCUGUCUGUGUAACUGAUACCUUGGCCAUUGUUAAACUGGCUUUGUGCUCCAGGGUUCAGAUGCACUCGCCUCUUUGAUGUACACCUUGUGUAUGAGACCUGUACCU